GUGACUUUCAUUCACAGUUUGACUUGCGGAGAGAUUGCAUCGCGAUUGCAUACAUUAAUCGGAAUAAGUGCAUUUAGUUAACGAAGAUUUGAAUCGUUUUUAGAGUAUUUGCAAAAAUGGCCAGUAUUGAUACCACCAUACUGCCCUUUGAGGAGAAACCGCUGUACAUGCCACCGUUGGACGAAAUUCGAGAUGUCGUGGCAGCUGGACUAACAUCCAACUUUGAAACUGUGAAAGUCGAAGUGGUGGACUGUCCCAACCUGACCGAAGAUCCAUUCCAUCUGGCAGGGCAAGGUCUCAACGGAAGUCCCACCCUGCUAGAGCUGGGCGGACCCCCGUACCUGCUGCCCCACGUGGACUACACCAAGCUGUACGAUUUGGUUUCGAUUUCGCAGAAAGCGCUGAACAGCACCAAGAAGGAGUUCCUCGCGAUCGGUGCCGGAGCCGGCCCGUAUCCGUACGUUGACUCGAACUGCGAGGGAAUGUACAACCUGAAGGUGGCCGCCAACGGGCACGUGUUGAGCGAAAGUCACCUUGCCCAGAUAACGCCGGACCGCAAGCGGGUGCUGCUGAAGAAGAUCCCGAACACGGAAACGCGUUGCGCCCUGCUGGGGAACAUCUUCGUCUGUGAAGGUCGCCCGGGGAAGGUGCUGAAGGUCAGCUGCAAGAAGCGAACCGGACCGCAGGACUUUAUCGCCGCCAUCCGGACCACGCUGGAGCAGCACUACGGCGAGCGGACCGUCGGCAUGGGCGGGGUGUUCCUGCUGAAGAACGGCAAGGCCAAACAGCACGUGAUGUCACCGUUUUCCGAGACGGCCCUCAACACCGAGGACGAGCUGAACGAGUGGCUCAACUUUUUCGACAUGUCGGCCAAGCUGAUCGCCGUCGGAACGCUCGUGACGAACGAGUGCGACCUGGACCUGCGGUUGCAGCACUUCCAUAGCUUUUCACGGCACGGCGAGGGUGGCCACUACCACAUUGACACCACGCCGGAUGUGGUCGAGUACGAGGGAUACUUCAACGUGGGCGAGCGGAUCGUGCGCGUCGACAAGCCGGCCAAUACGCACAAGAUGGGACGGGAUUGAGGGUUGAUUUAUCGUGUACUUUUUGUUGUUGUUGGAAUAAACGGUUCUAUUUUCAAAAAAAU